GUUGAUCAGAAACGAUCCCGUGGGGUACGGAUAAGGUCCAAAUGAAAAUGGAAAAUGGCUCCUGGUCAAAACACCUUCUCUAUUAUACCGAACGCGCCCGGCGCCAUCAAUGGCGAUUCGGACACUUUACAGUCCCGUCCUAAUACGAGGCCUAUGACCACCAAACAAGCCAAGAAAUCUUAUCAGAAAGCAAAUAAAGGUCCAAAGCUAUCAAAAGCCGAAAAGCGACGCCAGGAACUCUUCGAGCAAGAUCGUAUACGGAAAGAGUUCGAGAAAGAAAAAAACCAGGCUCGUGCCAAGGCUGCGCGAGAUAGGAAAAGGGAGAAAGAAGAAAAAGAGCGCGCAGAAAAGAAGAAGAAAGGGUUACCUCUAGUUGAUGUCCACCCAUCGCAGGAUACAAUUGCCUGGUUCGUUCGUGGCAGCGGCAGGAAAAAGCAAGACAGCUCGGUAGUGAACUCGGCUACCGUCAAUAAAAAUAACGGUGAUGACCGUAAUGACCGCGAUGAUCGCGUUUCGUCAUCCGAUGAGAACGAACCCGAACCACCUCCGAAAAGGCAAAGGACAGAGUCGCCGGCACCAUCACCACCACCACCGGUAUUGGUACCUAUAAAUGCAAAUCUAGACUUGGGUGCAGAUCCGGUUCGUAGUCCGAGCCCUACAGGGGUAAUCGGAGAAGUCCCUCCGCCUCCGGACGUCAACGAGCCAGUCGAAAGAUGGCCAACGCCGGACCAUUCCAAUAUCGAUAUAGAUGAACCUGAGACAAUAGAGUCACUCCCGGACGACCUAUUUAAUGAAUUGGUUGAUGCGACCAUUAACUCAUCUUCAGAUGAGACCACUGCUCCCAAUGCAGGGCUCAGGAGGCCCUCGUCAAAUGACCAGAAAACCUCGGACAACCAGCUAUCACCAAAGCCACCUAAUAAUUGCUUUCGAUCACCGACCGCAGAUGACGGUUUACUGCCAGAACAGAAGACAGAGGAUAGCGCAUCGCUGUCUUCUAUCCGGCGUCCACUCCAACAAUUAAGCACAACAAAGGUCAAUUCGAGGACAAGCAGUACGCCGCAGGAGCCUAUCACCGACCAAGUGAAAUCUACAUUCCCUACAAACAAUCCAUUGGUAGACUCACCAGCUCAGGCGCCACCCAAAAGCGUCCAGCCGUCGAUGUCAAUGUCACGGUCUUUUCAUCCCCCAAAAACUCCAAUGGGGCCGCCUCCCAUCCCACCAAAAUUCAAACCACGAAGUCAUGUACCAUCUAAAGACCCAAGGACACCACCUUUCUUAGCCAAGCAGAGCCAUACACCUAAUUCUUACUCCAUCGCUAAGCCUAAGCCCAUACCUCAGAAAGACCACAUCCAUCCGAACAUGCGCGAAGAGCUUCUACCAACCAGUACGCAAUUGUUCGUGCUUGGCCAUCUUGACGACUUUUUUCCGAGUCCUUCUCAAGAAGUAAGGGAGCUCUUCGAAGAACCGAAACUUUGCGUUGGAAUGAGCAACGACACAUCUCAAACCAGAGCCACGUAUCUGGGUCGCUCGCCCCCUAGCAAAAUUAUGUCUACUCAUUCAAUAUCAGAUACGCCAGAUCUCAAUCGCCUUACACCAAUUGCUAAAAACAGCAAACCCAAAUCAAUACCUAUCCAGGAGAAUGUCUUUUCCGCUCAUGCAAGUAACUACCCUUUGGCUUCAGAUACUCAAAUGUCGGGGGAUUCCGAAGCUUUCGAUAUGCCUUUUUUCUCUACACAAGAUUUUGUCCUCUCGUCACAAGACAUGAAAGACCUCGGAGACGAAACUAUGUCACCAUCGGGAUUCAAACAGAGAAAUCAUAAUCUUCAAUCCAUCAAUAUAGCUAGUAACCCUAGCUCAUAUUUACUUAAUGUAACCCGAUGUGAUAUUAACACGCAUUCAACAACUACUAUACCCCAGCUGCCCGUAGAGCAAGCUGAAAUCGUUGGAUAUCCGAACGGCUUAAUUCCAGCACACAAACAGGUCACAUCGUCAAACUCCCAGAUAAAAGAUGGAGUAAAACUUUUGGAGAAAACUGAACACAGAGUGCUUCCCAUAACUGAUCGAAGUCAUCGAAAUGAAACAGCCAACACACUGCGUAGCAAGAAUGAUGCAGCACAAUCCUACCCCAGGCCAUUCUUCGCCUCGAGCGGUCGAGAAGCGCAUUACAAAUACGUCAUCGAGAGGAGCAAGACAACCUCGUGGGAAGGACCUUCAACCCGACAAAAGGCCCAAGAAGAGCUCCAACAUUUCCAAAGAUCGGAAGAUGAACGUUCGAGCAAGUUAUUGGCACAGCUUAUACCAGAAGACAAAGAAGGAUGUGCCAUGGAUAAAUGCACGUCUGACUCGGGAUCGGGACCAAGAGAUUCAACGCCUCGGCCAACAACCCAACCAAAGAGUCAGUCUCAGCCUCGAUCUAUCAAUCAGUUGUCAAGCUUAGCGGUAAAGGGUACACAGAGUCAAAAGGCAGAAGAGCCAGCCGAAAAGCGUCAACGUCAGAACCACUCUCGCAGUUCAUACGAGGAGAUGUUGGAGUUGCUAAAACGGAAGGAAUCGGAAAAGCAGGGGCAGCAAGUAAUGCCCGCAUCGCAAGAAACGGACUACGGGGAGGCGGGGCUAGACGACGUCCUUUAUGAGAUAUUAUAGCAUCCAGCAUCCAGCUUGGUAAUGCUUCAUGGGGGUGAUUGGGUAUUGAUGAGUAACGGACUGGAUCGAUAUGUAACCCCAUUCUACGUGAAUGGGAUAUGAUAGAGCAUAGGGGCGCUAGCCAUACUUAUAGCAUA